AUGACUGACACUCUCUUUGACAAAUGGGACAAUGAGGGUUCCGGUUAUUUGGAACUGAACCACGUGGAAUCGGUCAUGUCCACCUAUAAAGGUGGGAGUGAAAUAGAUGCUAUCAAGAAAGCCAAAUUUAAUCUAAAGUCUCGCAUCUCAGAUGAAAAGCUGUCCAAGAGAGAGUUUCGAUAUUUUGUACAAGACAUUACGAAUAACAUCUCGGGUCAAUUUGAAUAUGAAUAUUUCAUUGAUUACUUGACAGACAGUGUGGAGCUCAGUCAACUGGAACGUGUACGUGGAAAUGCACGGAAGAUGUGGCUGAAUUCUAUUGUGAAUGCUGGAAAAACUAAUGGAACCCACUUGUCUCCAGUUUUCAACAAAGUUUUCAGCACUCUCUGUAAGGAUGCUGAGAUUCAUGGUGGAGGGAAGAAGAUCAGUGCUUACAUUGCACUCUUGGUGACCAAUCACAAGGAUCCCAAGGAACGUGGAGAAAACUUUCUCCAUUACAUGGCUGCUACUCCGGAUCAUGCAGAGUUUGUGAAAGGCAAGAUACUCUACAGAGACAUGAAAGGAGUGAGCUUCCUUUGUGUUGAUAAGGGCAUACCUGUUUAUGUGCCAAAAGUUAAGACACAUGGUAACAUCCACUUUUGGAACCAAUCAAACUGGAAAACGGAAAAUCAAGGAUCUUUUUUGGUGAUUCCUUUGAAAGACCAAGGGAAAAGAGUAUUUGGUGUCCUGGGAAUCGAUACAACGAAUGAUAGUCAUGAGAAAACUGUCUUUCUGACUCAUGAAAUAAAUUUUUAUCAGGGUGUUGCCAAAGUUUUCAGCAUUGCCUACCACCAGGUUGAGCAUCAAGAUAUCCUCUUGAAAAAACUUUCUGUUACAACUCCCAAAGGUAACACUAUCAGAUUUGCGAAACCAUCCUGCCUAAAACGUAAGGACAGCCUCUUCAGAGAUUACCUCUUCCGGUGUGUGGACAACUCAGAGACGGUUAGUGCCGAUGCGUACGGGCAACACCGUUUGGCCUUCCCUUUGCGGGACAAGGAAGGUAUGGUCAGUUUUGUGGUGGACAUAAGUAUUGGCUCAACUCUAAAGCAGUUGCCAAACUACGAGAACAGAGAACUUUUGCGGAUGCUUCGUCUCUUGCAAGUUGCACACCGUGAAAUCACAAAUGAACUGAAGGAAGGUGAAUCCUGCAAAAUGGUCCUUGCGGCUGAACAGUUGACUGAUAACUUAAGAGUUGAGGUGAUGUUUGACCGUCUUCUGCUUCUGGACCUGAGGGACAACGUUUCCAAGUUGGACAUGCAGGCCUUUGCAGAACUUCGCAGCUACACUGCCCCGCCCCCGGUAAUUAGGGAAGUACUCAAGGCUGUACUCAGUGUUUUCUAUCAAAAGGAAUCUGAAGAAGGGCUUUUUGACGAUUGGACAGUGACAAGAAAUUAUAUCAACCAACAACUAUGUCAGAAAAUUGCCCAGUAUGACCCAACAGCCUUAGAUGACCUCAUUGAAGUGGAAAAAAUGGAAGAGAAAUUGAAAGAUAUUCCACAUGGAGAGGUGGCAAAGCAUGGCUCAGUGCCAACCGAGCAUCUUUUCAAUUGGCUGUUUGUAUGUAUUUCGCUUAUUGAGCAUUUAAAGAACAAAGAUACUGACAUGAGUUAA